AGCCUCCUUGAUUGUCACACUGAAUUUUUUUAUGAGUACUUGAAACCUACAAGAAACGCUUCUAAUUAAUUGACUAAAACUGUCAACGAUAAGUAUUAGCACGGAAUGCUUUUCUGAUAUCGGGUUCGUGUGACCUCAGACAUCACCAAGUAGUUUCAUGCUGAGGUUACACAAGGAGAGAGCUGUCAAAGUGUUAUAGCUGGGAUUAGCUGCCUUGAGUUGUAAUUAUGGUAGCUAGGUAGCAAACCCUCGAAAUAUGCAGUUAUCUUUAUUUAAUACUCGUGGGCAGGUUAUGCCCUUGAUGACACGUUUUCUUGAUUUGAAAAUAUGCACGAUUAGAAGACGUACCCAGGAUUACAGUACUAUAUGCACGCUGGUUAGGCACCGGUGGAUGAAAAGUGCAGUGAUAUGUCUACCAGAACACAUUUCCAAAGGUUACAGUUCUAGUGCCGAAAAGCGAGGCAUUGACAUGUCGAACUUUCCUGUCGACAAGAUAAGAAAUUUCAGUAUCAUUGCCCACAUCGAUCACGGGAAGAGCACCUUAGCUGACAGGCUAUUGGAGAUAACAGGGGCCAUUGUAAAAACGGAGAAGAACAAGCAAGUGCUUGAUAAACUACAGGUGGAGCGUGAGAGAGGCAUCACAGUCAAGGCCCAAACUGCCUCCUUGUUCUACACACACCAAGAUGAAACAUACCUACUCAAUCUCAUUGACACACCAGGUCAUGUUGACUUCAGCUAUGAAGUGUCACGGUCCAUUUCUGCUUGCCAAGGAGUUCUUCUUGUUGUUGAUGCCAACCAGGGGAUUCAAGCGCAGACGGUGGCCAACUUCUACCUGGCAUUUGAAGCUCAGCUUGCCAUCAUCCCAGUUAUAAACAAGAUUGACCUUAAAAACGCUGAUCCGGAGAGGGUGGAGAAGCAGAUUGAAAAGGUCUUUGACAUCCCAAAGGAGGAGUGCAUUAGGAUCUCUGCCAAGCAGGGCACUAACGUCGAACAAGUUCUCCAAGAAGUUGUGAAAAGGAUCCCAGCGCCCACCGCCAAAAAGGAGGAUCCUUUCCGAGCCUUAGUGUUUGACUCCACGUUUGACCACUACAGGGGGGUCGUCGCCAACAUUGCUCUUUUUGGGGGCCAAGUGUCUAAAGGGGAUAAGAUUUCGUCUGCCCACUUGGGUAAAACCUACGAAGUGAAUGAGCUCGGUGUCCUUAGACCUGAUGAGCAUCCUACAAAAACACUGUAUGCGGGUCAGGUAGGAUAUAUUAUUGCUGGGAUGAAAGAGGUUAAAGAAGCUCAAAUUGGAGACACGCUUUAUCACCAUAAACAACCGGUGGAACCCCUACCAGGAUUCAAACCAGCCAAAGCCAUGGUAUUCGCUGGGAUGUACCCAAUGGACCAGUCUGAGUACAUGGCCUUGCGUGGGGCUGUGGAGAAGCUGACCCUCAAUGACUCCAGUGUGACGGUGCAGAGAGACAGCAGUCUGGCUUUGGGCGCCGGCUGGAGAUUGGGCUUUCUGGGUCUGCUGCAUAUGGAGGUGUUUAACCAACGCUUGGAGCAGGAGUACAACGCCUCGGUCAUCGUGACGGCACCCACUGUGCCUUACAAAGCGGUCCUCACCGCGGCCAAGCUCAUUAAGGAGCAUGGGCAAGAGGAAAUCACCAUAGUGAAUCCUGCCCAGUUCCCCGACAGGUCCAUGGUGUCGGAGUACCUGGAACCAAUGGUUCUUGGCACCAUUAUUGCCCCUGACGAUUUCACUGGCAAAAUUAUGACACUGUGCCUGAAUCGCAGAGCUACUCAAAAGAACAUGAUCUACAUUGAUGAGCACAGGGUCAUGAUGAAGUACAUCUUUCCCCUCAACGAGAUUGUGGUGGAUUUCUACGACAGUCUCAAGUCUAUGUCCUCAGGAUACGCCAGUUUUGACUACGAGGACGCCGGCUAUCAGCCAGCCGAUUUAAUUAAGAUGGACUUCCUCUUAAAUGGGAAACCAGUGGAAGAACUCACCACCAUUGUGCACAAAGACAAGGCAUAUAGCAUGGGCAAGGCCAUGUGUGAACGGCUGAAGGACUCCAUUCCCAGGCAGAUGUUUGAGAUUGCUGUCCAGGCGUCCAUUGGGAGUAAGGUCAUCGCAAGAGAAACGAUCAAAGCAUACAGGAAGAAUGUUUUGGCAAAAUGUUAUGGAGGAGACAUCACACGAAAAAUGAAACUGCUGAAAAAGCAAGCUGAGGGGAAGAAGAAAAUGCGUCGCAUUGGGAAUGUAGAGGUUCCCAAAGAUGCAUUUAUUAAUGUUUUAAAACGGAAGGACAAAUAACACCUUAAAGAAGGAUGUUAUCAAGAUACACUCUAUUGCAGAACCACUGUGCAUGAUGAAAUGGCACUUGGCUGCUGGAUUUGGACAUCGUCAUAUGCUGAUGAACCUACUCUUAGGGGUCA